AGGCCUUUUUUCUAAGACUAUAAUGGCGGGGAAAUAAUGCAAAUCGUUCACAAUUUCAAUCACUAAUUAUCGGUGGAAUCGCAGAGAGUAGCAAAUUGUACAUGAAAGCUAGGUAACGAGAAAUAUUUUUUGGAGUUUCAUGUGGCUGUGAACAAUAAAUUUUCGUAUCGGAAGUACACAAAAUGGACGUUACACCUAAGGAAACUAUCUACAUAAACAACUUGAAUGAAAAGGUGAAAAAAGAAGAGUUGAAGAAAUCACUGUAUGCAAUAUUCUCACAGUUUGGGCCCAUUCUUGACAUUGUGGCCCUCAAAACACUGAAGAUGAGGGGACAAGCAUUUGUUGUCUUUAAAGAUAUUGCAAGUGCAACAAAUGCGUUAAGAUCAAUGCAAGGGUUUCCAUUCUAUGAAAAACCAAUGAGAAUAGCAUAUGCCAAGUCAAGAUCAGAAGCAAUAUUAAAAGUAGAAGGUACAUUUGUUCCAAGAGAGAAAAAGCAAAAAGAGAAAAGAAAAGCGGAUGAAGAAAAAUCAGCAAAGCCUGCUAAGAGGCAGCCAGCUCCUGCUACACAAAAUGUCCAAGCACCCAUUCAGACAGCUCCACCAGUUAUUGUGCCAACUCAGCAAGCUCCAGAGGUGCCAAAUCAAAUUCUUUUCUUGACAAAUCUCCCAGAUGAAACAACCGAAAUGAUGCUUUCUAUGCUGUUCCAACAGUUUCCAGGGUUCAAAGAAGUCAGAUUGGUUCCAGGACGCAGUGAUAUUGCUUUUGUGGAGUUUGACAACGAGUCUGUUGCUGGUCAAGCAAGAGAAACAUUGCAGGGAUUUAAAAUCACACCAACUCAUGCAAUGAGCAUCUCCUUUGCCAAGAAAUAAAGUGUUUAUCAGACACAUUUUUUCACAAUGCUAUACAACAGAAGAAAAUUGAGGGAUCAGUUUCUCAUAGUGGCAAACCACUGGCUCACCAGUUCUGACUUUUGGGGCAGUAAAAAGAACAGUUUUUUGUACAGACAAACAGGCAUUUUUAUCUGUCAUUUAUUUAGACAUUAGUGUAUCUAAGGCAGGCCAAGCUUUUGUGAAUUUUAGGCAGACAGGAACUCAGAAUCUUUUAUCAUUUGCUUUUAGAAAACGGAGGCUUGGGUGAAUAGGCUUGCUCUCCAUUCUCCAUAUAAAUGCCACCCUUGAAAACUUAAAUACCAUCUCUGAAAACUUAAAUAGCAUCUCUGAGAACUUAAAUACCACCCCUGAAAACUUAGAUAACAUCCCUGAAAACUUACUUUCGAACUAAGAAAAAUAGUUUCAUUCGAGCUUUUCCAGAUAUCUGUGCAUACAAUGGAAUGCUUCCAUUAUCUUGUUGUGUUAAUUAUAAUGCUAAUCGUCUGUACUAGGUUUUUAAAAACCAUGUCUGGUAUGUUUUAAUGCAUCAGAUUAAAUAUGGAGUUAUCAUAUGCAUAAAAUGAUUGUUUUAAUGGAAUUUGUUCGCUUGCGGCAUUGCACCAUAAUGAAACAGUUUGCACAUACACAGCUGCUUGAAAGAGUCUUGCUGAUUUUAGUUUCUUAUUCAAAAGUCAAACAGAAAACAGAAUGUUGUUUGGCAUAUCUCUUAAUAUGCAUAAACAUGUCGCUGCUAGUGUGUGCCAAUUGUUGCAUUUCGUCCAAGUGAGGGAAGAGACUUGGCAUGUUUUGCAUUGCACUAAGGCACAUGGCCAUGCGAUUAAACUCCGUCAAUUUUACUAACCACAAGAGGCGUGUUCUUAGUAGCUUAUAUGAGCGCCGCUUGAUGCUGUAUCGCAAAGCAUCCUGGAACAUCUUUUGUAAAUGGUAAAAAGACUAAAUCGUCUUCCUUGAAGAUGACUGGUCGAAGAAAACCAACAGCUGUCCAAUUAGGUAGCUUGUUAUAACGCUCACCAAUUACAUUCACUUCUUUA